UUAAAAAUAUCUCCUCCCCUUUCUUUCUCAUUUUUAGCAUUUUGUUAUUUUAAAACCCCUUUUUAAAAACAAAAAAAAAACUAUUAUUGUAAAAACUAUUCUUAUUUAAGAAUUUGAAAAAGUGUAGUGGAGGACAAUGGACAAUAACAUUGAUAACAGCACGGUGACUUUAGACAUAUAUGAUAUUACAGCAAAGGCGAAAGGAGGAUUUGUCUACACCAGAUGUCCUGAGACUGGUGACAAAUACCGCUUCACCAUUGAAGAGGAUGGGUGGCACUGGUACAGGGCUUAUGAUUACGAAAAUGGGUCCGAUGCCGAUGAUGAACUCGACGAAGUCGAAGCGGCGGUCAGAUGCAGUGCUGCAUUCCAUAGUCGUGGUCUUGAGCACAUCUUGCCCAUGACGUUGGAGGAGGCUGUAGGUAUUAGUUUGCCUGAAGUGUGUAGUCUCCCAAAUAUUGAAAACUUGACCAUGAUAGUCGAAAAUGAAGAACGUGGUGUGUCGGAAUUAAUUCCGACAUCGCCUGACGUAAGUGACGUAGCGUCAUUAGAUAUUGAAGGGGUUGCGGAAGAUGAGAUACAAGAGGCAGAAGGGAUGCUGGAUAUAAAUUCCACAUUUCCCGGGUUUGAUGACCUGCCGUCACAAAAUUCAAUGGAAUUUUCAGAUGGUCAGGGUCAACAAGCAGCAGGAAUGUGCGAAGAGAAUGUCACGUCUCCAGACAUUAGUGACAUAGAGUCACAAAAUUCUAGUGAAGGUCAAGUAGCAGGUGCUUGUGCCCUUGAUGUGGUCUCUUCAGAAGUUGGAUUGACGGAGGAUGAGGGUGAGCUAAGCAUUUCUCAUUGUUUAUCUAUUAUUAUUUAUUUGAUGUUUUUAACAUUUUGUUUACUUAUAGAUUGGGUGCCAUCGGGACGCCACUAUGUGCAACCUGCACAUGCCUAUACCGAGACGGUAUUGGGCAUACGUUUAAAAUUAAAAAUAAAAGGGGAGGAUGGGGCUACGGUGGAACACCGAUGGAUCUACCAGGGGGAGUCAGAUGGACCUCCUCCGUACUGGUGUGGUGGGCCUAGUAAUCCCGAAGAUGAACUCUUAUGCGUAACGCUUAAGUUGCGCGUCACUGAGUACGGAGUUACUAGAACCGAAUUUCGGGUGGUGUACGGAGUGGAUGAUUAAACCUUUUUUAUAACCCCUUUUUUUUUUAGUAUGUUACGUCAUAUAUAUGUAUCUUUCCCCUUUUUUUUUUUUAAAAAAAAAAUUUUUUUUUUUUUUUUUUUUUUUAUUUUUAGGGGUUAUAUUUUUUUAAAAUAUAGUAUAAUUAUCCCAAGCUAAUCUAAAAAAAAAUCUCCACGAGGAAACUAAAUCCUCACAAAAAGUACAUUUUGGCAGCGAUUCACUUAUAAUAUACAUACAUACACAUAUAUACAUAUACAUACAUAUAUGAAAAUGUUUAAUUUAGCUUGUAGAAAAAUUUUUAUUUGAAAAAUAUAUUCUUUUAUACUUAAACUGAUUUUUUUUUUUAAUUAUUAUUAUUUAAUUUUUAAAAAGAUUUAAAUUUUCCAUCUUCAUCUCCAUUUUAAAUAAAACUUCACUUCUUUAUACUGAGAUUAAAAUUUAACUUAGGGAACGACUGUAGCAGCAAUUAGAGUGAGUAUAUAAAAAAUCGUUCUUAUAUAUAUAUAAAAUUUUUUUUUUUUCUUUUACUUGUUUUAACCAUAGUUAUUUUUGUAGAAUUUCAUCGCAUGUAGUCAACAU